AUGAUUGUCCUUAUUUACUCUAGCUUGAUAAUUUUUGCAACAAUAAUUGCUAUAGGAUUUUACAUUUUUGUGAUUUAUCCUACAAUGAGAUUUUUAGUGAUGAAGUAUAAAUAUGGUCAUAAAGUCAAGGUCUUCUUUAGCAUAGGAACAGGAAUCCUUAAGUUCUACAAUUAGAGCUUAAUUCAAAAUAAAGAUAGUAUUGCAUUUAUUCGAAACAUGCACCAAAAGGGUUUAUAAGCAAUAGCUUUUAAUUUAGGAACUAAAGUAGGAUUAAGCUUUCUAGACCCAGAACUAUAAAAGUAAGUUCAUUAAAGUUAUCAAUCUUUUCGUAGAAUUGAUGCUAUUGCUGCUAUGACUUAUUUAUUGGGAAAUUCUAUGAUUUAUGCAGCAGAUAAAGAAUGGAAAAGACAAAGACUGUUCUUAGGAAAGUUUUUCCAUUUUGAUGAAAUCAAAAAUUAUUAUCCUACUAUCUAAGAAACAACUAAACAAGUACUUCAAGGAGUUAAUGAACAGCUAAAUUAGAAGGAACAAAUUGAAAUAAAGGCAGUCUAUAUCAUCUAAAAAAUUACUUCAGAAGCAACUUUUAAGAUGUUCUUUGGUUUAACAACUGAAAGCUUAAUGAUCACGAGGAAGGAUGGAACAUAAAUUGCAUUUUCUGAUGAGCUUGCUUUACUGAUAAGACAUUCAUUCUAGCUACUAUAAACUGAUAAAAUAGCUCUACUAAAAUGGAUUUUACUUAAAAGAAAAAGCACAGAUUAUUUCAGCACAAAGGGGGAAUAGGAUUUAAUGGAUCGCUUGAAAAAUCUUAGAUAAGGAUUCAUAAAAAUUGUAUCUAAAAGAAAGGAAGAACUAAGCCAAGAUCCAUCAAAAGCCAAAAAUAAUUUCUUAGAUUAUUAUUUAACAGAAAUGGUUUAAAACUAGUACAGUGGGAUAACAUAUGAUGAAAUAGUUGACAAUUUUACAGGUAUUUUUUUGGCAGGCACAGACACUACGAGUAAUAUGGUAGGAUCUGCGUUAUACUAUCUCUCAAUUAAUCCUGAGAUUUAACAGAAAGCUAGAGAAGAGGUAGUUUAAGUUGUUUCUUCUAAAUAAGAUUUUAAAAAGCAUGAUUAGCUAGCCAGUUAACUAAGAUUUGAAGAUAUCACUCAUUUUAACUUUUUAAAUUGCAUUUUGAAAGAAUCUUUGAGGCUAAUACCGCCUGUCAUAUAAAUAACAUCUAGAAUUGCAAAUCAUAAUAUGAAAAUUGGGGAGUUUGACAUUAAGUAAGGUGAUUUAGUAACUACAAAUUUUGCAUAUAACCUAUCAAAUCCUGAUAUAUUCCCAAAUCCUGAAUUAUUUAAUCCUUAAAGGUGGAUGACUGCAAAUAAUUAUUCCGAAACAUUUAGCUUUACUCCUUUCUCACAAGGUCCUAGAAAUUGUAUUGGCUAGCAUCUUGCUAUGAUAGAAGGAAAGUCUAUUCUUGCUUCUAUUUUAUUAUAAUUUGAAAUUCUUCCAAACCCUAAUACAGAAGUAAUUAUGGAUAUGAAAAUGAUGUAUGGAUUCUAAAACGAUAAUCUUAUUUAUUUUAAAAAAUUAAAAUAAUGA